UCACUCUACUCCCUAACCAAUACACAAUACUCUCUCCUCUUCUUCUUUCUUCUGAGAGAAAAUCAAAAUCAGAACCAGAAGAAGAUUUCAAUGAUGCAGAGCUUUGCUUUGUAUUCUUCUCCUUCUUUAAUUCCAUCUUCUUCAUCAAGAUUCACUCUCUCUAAAAAACAACCUUCUCUGUCUAAAUAUCGGCCCUCCAUCACCACCACCACUCUCAGAUCUUCCUCAUCGUCAUCAUCAUGCUCCACAUCAUCUCUCUUCUUCUCAUCUCCUUCUUUACCAUCAAAAUCUAAACUCACCUUCUCCGAUUCAUCAUCAUCAUCAUCAUCAUCAAAACCUUACAAAUUCCUGAAACCGAUUCAAUCUUCAUCUUCUGCUACAGCGGUUCCAUCAAAAUCAGAAUCAGCGCCACAAGGAGGAGCGAAAUUGAUCCCGUUAGUGAUAUCAGUCGGAAUUGGAUUAAUCGUUCGUUUUUUUGUUCCAAAACCAGUAGAAGUAACGAAAGAAGCAUGGCAAUUACUAUCAAUAUUCUUAUCAACAAUAGCAGGGUUAGUAUUAAGUCCAUUACCAGUCGGAGCUUGGGCGUUUCUAGGUUUAACAACAUCAAUAGUAACAAAAACCUUAGCGUUUUCAACAGCAUUCGGAGCAUUUACAAAUGAAGUUAUUUGGUUGAUUGUGAUUUCAUUUUUCUUUGCUCGCGGAUUUGUUAAAACUGGAUUAGGUGAUAGAAUUGCUACUUACUUUGUUAAAUGGUUAGGGAAAAGUACAUUAGGGUUAUCUUAUGGAUUAACUAUUAGUGAAGCUUUAAUUGCUCCUGCCAUGCCGAGUACUACUGCCAGAGCUGGUGGUGUUUUUUUACCUAUAAUUAAAUCGCUUGCGCUUUCUGGUGGAAGUAAACCUGGUGAUCCUUCGGCUAAGAAACUUGGAUCCUAUCUUUGUCAAUCGCAAUUUCAGUCUGCUGGUAACUCAAGUGCUCUUUUCCUAACUGCUGCAGCUCAAAACUUGCUGUGCCUGAAAUUAGCCGAGGAACUUGGUAUUAAAAUUGCAAGUCCAUGGGUUUCCUGGUUCAAGGCUGCAAGCUUACCGGCACUUUGUUCUCUUCUUGCUACUCCAUAUAUCCUAUACAAGAUAUUCCCUCCUGAGACCAAAGACACACCUGAGGCUCCAGCUAUGGCUGCAAAGAAAUUGGAGAAGAUGGGUCCUGUCACAAAGAACGAGUGGGUGAUGGUUGCGACAAUGCUUUUUGCUGUCACAUUGUGGGUCUUCGGAGAUGCUCUUGGUAUCGCCAGUGUUGUUGCUGCUAUGCUUGGUCUCUCUAUUCUUCUAGUAUUGGGAGUUCUGGAUUGGGAUGAUUGCCUAAGUGAGAAAUCUGCAUGGGAUACCUUGGCGUGGUUUGCAGUUUUAGUGGGUAUGGCAGGGCAAUUAACAAACAUGGGUAUUGUAACAUGGAUGUCUAACUGUGUGGCAAAGUCUCUUGCAACAUUCAAUUUGAGCUGGCCAGCCGCAUUUGGGGUUCUUCAAGCAGCCUACUUCUUUAUCCACUAUUUAUUUGCAAGUCAGACCGGUCAUGUAGGAGCUUUAUACUCCGCAUUUCUUGCUAUGCAUCUAGCAUCUGGAGUGCCUGCUGUGUUGGCUGCAUUGGCUCUGGCAUACAAUACUAAUCUAUUUGGUGCUCUAACACACUAUAGCAGUGGUCAGGCUGCUGUGUACUAUGGAGCUGGAUAUGUGGAUCUUCCUGACAUCUUUAAAAUUGGAGCUGUAAUGGCCGUAAUCAAUGCUAUUAUCUGGGGAGGAGUCGGAUCAGUUUGGUGGAAGUUCCUGGGUCUAUAUUGAUAUCCGAGUAGUAGAUAUGUAAAGAGAAUCAUUUUUUCCCCUUGUUAUAUGGUGUGCUUUUAUCACUUUUCAAGGGUAUAGUUUAAGCUCACUGUGAUUUAUGUUGAAUCUCACACUUCUGUUUGCUUAGCUUUUAAAAGGAAGUUUUGCGUACAUUCUCUGUCAGCAUUACAAAUACUGAUAUAUUUUAUAAAUGAACCUCAAAGGCACAACA